ACACGGUCAUGUUCAGUGUAUUAUUGGCACAAGGAUGUUUGCCCAGUCUGCAUGCCUUUCAAUUUUUCUGCUCAUUUUUCUCAUAUGAUUAAAAGUUUUUAAAGCUGCUUCUAAGAUGCACAUUAGAGCUCCUCAGUUAUAACAGAGGACUUCAUCUUCAGUGUGUAUUGCUUUGUCACAUGCUGGUUUAGUUAAGGGUGAGAAAACUGAAUAACAUGUAUGUGGUGUAAUAAAUGUGCCUUGUCUGGAGUACUGUGUGCAAAAAUGUGUCUACUUCUGAACAGCACCCUAGAUCAUUAUGAAAAGAUCUACGUAACUGACUGACCACUAAUGUGGAUGAACAGUAAGAGGAUCUGCUAGAAUACUCUGCGUCGUCUGUUCUGCACGGAUAGUAACCCAUUAUACCAAUAAUUGGUGAUAGUAACUUGUCUGCUUGAGCUCCUUCAGUUAAUUUUCAAGGUGGUAGAAUUUGGUGGAGAGUCUGGCACAUUAGUGUCAGUCAGGCCUAAUGUGUAAGUGGAUGUCUGUCAUAACCACAUAGAGUUAUUCCCAGCUCAUGGUGAGACCCCUCUGUAAGCAAGUUUAAGAUUCUUCUUAAACAGAUCUGCUCCAGUGGAAAAGAGGCCCAGGAGACCAUUAAUUAAGCCUCUGUUAGGCUGAUGUACCAAAAUUAUAUUUUAUCAUAGGGAAACUUUACAUAAUUUCUGCAAAUUGGCUAAAAAAAAUUGAACACUUCAGCUUCAAUAUGAAAUUAUACUAAAGAACUACAUAUCUUGGUUACAAUGGAGCGUCAUGAUGAAGAUAUAGUAGACUUUCCCUCUAUGCAAUGAAUAUAUAUAAUUGGAUUACAACAGUAUUUUCAGUUACGAAAAUACUGUAUUUUAAGAUGGAGGAGGUCUUUUCAUUUCAGCUGCCUCUUUUCAGAGAUGCAUAUUUUUCUCACAAAAUUACUGAAGUUGAAGGCUCAUGUUUUGGCCUUAGCACAAAGAUGAGGGAAAGUUAGUUAUCUAGUACUUUGGUAAAUGAGUAAUUGUAGUAUGAGCAUCAUAACAGAUAGUAAAGUUAUUUAGCCAGAACUGUAUCUGUAUAUACUGGCAUUGAAGCAGGCACAUAUAUUUAUUUUUAAUUACUGUGAUGUUGUGCUGUCCCAGUGACGUUUGAUUAAGUAUAAAGAAACCUAUUUAUUCCCAUUAGUCUGAAGGCAACCUUUAGUGUAAUAGUGAAAUACAGCUUUAUCUAUCUGCAGAAUUAAAGAUAAUAUUUGAAUCACAGUUAAUUAUUUUAAAAUCCAGGCCAUUGUACAGCCCUGGUUCAGCUACGAGUUUGAGCUUUUAAGCGCUGAAGAGCUGCUCUGGAGAACAUGUGAACUGAGGCUUCCUUCCUGUGUAAAAAUAUUAAAAGAACAGGAUGUUCAUGACUUUCUAUCUUUAAUCUGAUUGAGGCUGCAACUUCCAGGUUUAGGACCCCUGGUGAAAAGUAAUUUUAAUUCUUGUUUAGGACUGCUUGCCUGUUGGACAGAUUUCAUCUUGUUAAUUUGUAGUGAUAGUAAGACCAAACUGUUAAAAGCAAUUUUCAGUGCUCCCACUAAAGGCACUUUGUAUAAAAACAUGACUUAGAAUGUGUAUCUUGGGGAUAAAUUAUAGAAGAAUAUCUAGUAAUUUUCAUGAUAAAGACCAUCAUUGGAAGCACAGUGCCUGCGUAAAGUUUUGAAUAUUUCUGUAAGAAGAAUAUAAUGUAUGUAUCAUGGAUUACUUGCAAAAGCAAUAUAUGUUAGCUGAAAAUACUGCGUUAAAUCUAUUGCAAGUAAGUACAGGAAUUAUAGAAUGAAUAUUUAAAUAGGUAGAUUCUCAUGCUAUCGAGCCUGAGUUUAAACAUAAUAUUUGACAUACAUUUAUUCCUACAAUUAAAUGGGUCGGGAUUACUGAUAGGAAGUUGACAAGUCAGAUCUGUAUGAUUUGGUAAGACUUGUUUAGGCAGUGAAUUUACAGUGGGCUGAUACGUUCUAUAGUUUCUGAGCAGUGCUAUGAAGAUACGUGCAAUGGGAGACAUUACAGAACCAAUUAGACCCAAGAGACAUUUGUGGAGUGCAAACACAGGCAUGGAGAAUCUAAAGGAUUCCAGUAUUAGCUGACAGUAUGAUUUUUUUUUUUUUUGUAUUGCAGUGACAAAACACUUUUUUUUAUUUUCCUUUUAGGAAAAUUAGGACAAGGAUGUGACUCUCCUGUCACUCAUCAUGACAACAAAGCACAAUUAGAUUUAGUGCAGCUAUUACUGUAACUCAUUGGCCACUGUGUAUUAUGAUAUAUUCUUAAUUUUUAUGAAUUUAAGCAGUGGAGCUGCAUGAUCUUUAAUUUCCAAAUUGUUUUCAAGAUCCUGGGUACUUGCAGUUUUUUAACAGUUAAACAACUUACAGGUGGGUUAUGGGGAAACAAAUCACAGAAUCCUAAACUUACACUCUUUUAAAUUGUUUUCUUCUUAUAUGAAUUACUUCUGGGGCUGGCUGCUUCUGUUUGAGUUUUUUUCAAGUAAUAUCUGUGCUAUGAAAUCAGCAACUUGGCAGUCUUAAAGCUGUUCCUGCAGUCUGGAAAAGAGCAGUGAGACUGAGUAGGGUCUUGUACACUUCAUGCUGCUGCAGGAGCCACUGGAAAUUGGAACUGCUUGCCUGUGGAUUCAGCACAUGAGAUUCAGUGUCCUUUCCAGUCCAGUGUCUCCCAGGGUAUUACACUUUUUCUGGCCUACAUCCAAGUUAACAGAAUCUAGAGAAAGCCUGGGUAUGAGACACCAGUGCAGUCAUUUUGCACAAUAACUGUUUCAGAAAAGUUAACAGGGUGUCUCUAGCUUGGUUUGACAUGCUCCUUUUUAAAAGGACUUGUCUGAACCUUCGCUUGCCAUAUUCCUUUUUAAAAGGUUCCUGGACAAUUACUUCUUCAGAAACUUGUGAUGACAUCCACUCUGCCCUGUCCAGUGCUUUUUUGUAAUGGUGGGUUCCAGUAAUGUUUUCUCAUGUGCUGCUUUCAAGUAAAAGGGCUAAUACAGUCAUUAUCUGGAAGCUUUCAAUGUAAUACCUACCGUUCCUCCAGUGUUAAUUGAUCAUCACUUUUAUUUUUUGUAGUCAAUGGUUGUCUAUGUUCUUAUUAGUAUGACUUAAAUACCCACAAGUUUAUAUAGUGUCAAGAAUUGUGAAAUAAAUUAACAGAUCUUAAAUAGUUUUUUUUAAUGGUAAUUAAAGUCAACCUAUUCACAAAAGAGUUUGACGAGCGUUGCCUUUAUUCUGGAGUGGGCAAGUCUGUAUGUGUCCUGCCUCAUUGGUAACUAAAACAUGUAGAUGAGAUUAUAUCCACAAAAUUUAAAUGUUACUAAAUUGUGCUGCUUCUGUAGCUGUCUACAGAUUCUGUGAGUAGAUGCAGUGACCAGGGUACUAUUUGGGAAUCAUCUUUAGUACCUCUAGCAUCUUUGCAGGUCUCCAUUCCAGAAGUUACACUAAUAACCUGUCUUCUCAGGUUGACUUGGGUACCCCUUGCCUCAUGUAUUUUUCUCCUCCUUUGAGACUGCGAAGUUGUAUUUUGUUUUAAUCUGAAGCUCCAAUCUUGCAGAUGAAUAUGCUGACUCGAAGCUUGCCAUCUUGAGGCCCUCAGAGCAGCAACUGCACUAAGACUUCAUUUUUUUGUAGUGGGGCAUUAGGACACUGGGCUGCACUGUGCAGUUGGUGGUUUUGUGGUUCGUCUUCUCUGUUAGGAUAGGCUGCAGUUUCACUGUUAUAAAAAGGGUAAAUCCCUCCACCACUGUUGUACUAACACUUGGAUCAGACUGCUGUGGGGCAAGAGGAAUCCAGUAAUGCAUCCCAAAAUGGUCGUGUCAGAUGCUGGCACGAAUGUGGCGAGGGAGAUGCCCAGCCAGCGAUGGGUGAAAGUGGACUGGCCCUUUGAGCUGUGGCCAUGCUCAUAUGCAGUUAGAGCAGUUGUGAGCAACAGUCUCAGUUACUUGCUCAGAAAUUUCAUUAAUGAUCAUGUGAGUUAUCCAGGAAGGACAUUAAUUUGGUGAAUGACUUUUUAAUCUUCGGGUUUUUUUGUGACUGCUUGUUUCUGCCUUUUAGCAAUUUUAGGGUGGCACAUUUGUGACACUGCUCAGUGACCUGGGUUGGGAUCCAGCUUAACACCAAACUUUGUUGUUGACUUUUUUGCUUCUUUUUUUCUUCCUGUAUUAUUUUUCAGCCAGUGUGGUUCCCUAAUGUGGUUGAUUGUGCAGUAUCACAAAUACCUGCCAGCAGAUUGUGUCAGGGUUGGAAGGAUAAGAUGGUGGAACUGAGUAGCUGGAAAUGGGGUGGGAUGGUCACUGGUUUACUCAGGACUGCAGCGGAAUGUUGAACCACAGCCUGAAGGUAUGUCUGUGAGGCAGGUGCCAUGGCUCAUGUCAGUUUUAAGCUAGUUAACUUGGGUAUUGCUAGCAGCAUAGUUGUUGCUUCAUAGACUACAUCAAAGCUUGCAAAACCUGCUUGAGAUGUUUGGUAAGUUAGAUCAUGGGAAUUCUAUGCUUAUGUUGGUCUGCCGCUGUCUUGGCUAGGAUGUGGUAUAGCCACAUGAAUAUGUUUACCUGACGUAAGCUAAAAUAUUAAGUUACAAGUUCCUUAGCUCUAUCUCAAGAUGAAGUUACCUGACAUGGAUACUGACUUGCUACCAGGGAAAGGCAAGACCUUACUGUGGUUUGUUCCCUGCUUGCAUCAGUUCAGUUGGUUCAGAGCUGAAUAAACUCACUCACUUAGUGGAAAACGUCCUGCUGCCCUUGGGAUUUUUGCUUGGUUUCUGAGUUGAAAUGACUCCCAAAGGGGACUGACAAACAGCCAAACAGCAUAAAGGUGUUGGGAACUCACGGUUGAAGUGAGGAAGAAGGGUGCUGGCUCCUGUAAGCUGACACUGCCUGCCUGGCUGUCACAGGGGAGUGGGCUGCCAUGCUUACAUGUGCCAUGCUUACUGCAAGGUAACUGUAAGUCAUUUGUCUGUGUGACCAGUAACCACAGCAGUGGUCACAACAUAAAAUAGUCUUGAGAGGGCAGAAUUUCCCAGCCGGCAAAGGAGAGAUGAAGCAUUUUCUGUCUGCUUUGUAAUUCUUAGAUGUUUCAAGUACAAUUUUUAAGUUCCCCAAAAUAAUUUUGGUCAGAACUUAGUUUUUAUUUAUUGAUAAAUAAUUGUUAUGUACUACUUUUUCUGCAAAACUGAGACCCACAAUUAAUAUAAAAAUAGUAAUCUUCACUCGUUUUCUUGUAGAGAAAGGUAAAAAUUGUGGUUCUAUUUUUAAAUAAGAUUUUUUCCUUUAGAAAGAAAUGUUUGCCGUGAUUCAAAUUUCUUUCAGUCUCUCUUUUCCUUCAGUAUUCUUCCCAAACACAUUUCUUCAAAAGGCAAAAGUUUCCACCCAAAGGGGGAUUUAUGUUAAUAAUUUGUUGAAAUGUAGUUUUUUUGAGUAAUAUGAUUUAAUAAAUGAAUGAGAGCUCAGAAAUGCUUUCUUUCUUUUCCAUUAGAUCAUACAGUGUGCCAACAGACUGAAGAACUUUUAAUAGUUUUUUUUAAUAUUUUGAUUUAAAAUGGGGCUCUAGGAAAAACAAUUGUGCGAAUGUUAAUUCUGUCUUUCUCCAUCAGUGAUUGCUGUGUUUUAGGCAAGUACUGUGUAGUUUCCUAGAGGAAAAAAAGAAAAUUCAUUUUAAAUGUUUAUUUUGUGUGUGGCUUGUUACAUCCUUGUUACCAAGAGAUGAUUAAAUAUUUGACCACCCAUUAGUGUUCUUCUGUAAUGUAGUCGUAUUGUGAACUGGUUAUUUCAUCGGUAAACUUUUAGGGUUUGGGGGUGCAACAGAGAAAUCUCAUGCAUGAGUUGCAUGGCAGAGUGGGUUUUGAUACUGCAAACAUUUACAGAUGGAGGCAGCUCGUGUGUCUAUCAACUGCAGUAAAUACUUGAAUGUAGAAGGUUAAGCAGUUAAAACUCUGCAGAGUAGGAGUCAUCUGAAUUAGGUCAGUAGUGGAAAUUAUCUUGGAUUUAUCAUGAGCCUUGCAAACGUGGAUCUGCAUUUCAGAAAACCAGCAUACUUCCACUGUAGUUUGUGGAAGGUUCUGAACAACAGAACCAAGGUCAAGACUGAGAUAUUUACACAGUCCUGAACAGCGGGGACAGUCUCCUGAAGGCAAAUCAUUGGUUUUAGACUUUAUUAGACCCUUACUUUAAUUACCACCUCAUUACUAGCUCUGUUCCACAAAAAAUAUUCCAUACUGUCAUUUUCCCUAAGUAACUGGAAAUGUGAUUGAAAGGGAUGUUUAAAGUGAGACUAAUUCAAGAUUAAAUAGUCACAAAUUAUAUUAUUGCUACAUGUAAACAAAUUACUUGCAUAUCUGAUUUUAUUCAGAUUACUUUUCAAGUGGUAAAUAAUGCUUUAUCACUUAUAUAGUGCUCUUACAUCUUUAGAGUGCUUUUCUCACAUUAAUUAAUCAUCAUCAAACACUCUGAGGUGGGUAGGUUAAUACUAUUAUCCCCAUUUUGCAGAUGAAGAAAUGUAGACUGAGAGGUUGUGAUUUGCUCAAGGCCAUAUAGAAGAAAUAGAAUCAGAGCUGGGAUUAGAUCUGUGUCCCUAGCUUCUAAUUUCAGAAGACCAGGCAGAUUGUGAGCCACAAUUUUGAACCAAAAUACUCAAGUAUGCAUGUAGAAACAGCACACAUUUACUUGGCCUCUUAGAAACCUAACUUGCAAUUUGUUGAAAUGGAAACUUUGCUUUUGUGCCAUGCUGUGUAUUUCCAUGUUCAUACCCGCAAGUGUGGAAACAGUCUCUCAUUCAUUUAGGAGCUCUUCCUAAUCUGAUGGGGCAUUUUUAUUUUCAUCGUUUUCAUUGAAAUUAACUCUCAUCUUAAAAAUACCAGUUUCUGGUUCUUUAGACUUGAACAUAACUGUGUGACUCGGAUACAGCAGGUUUAGCAUUGGUACCUGAAACUGUCUACAGGUGAUACCAGUACCAGCUCUGUUGCUUAUAAUUUUUCAUGAGCUGAGACAUAAAUAAAAUUCUGACUUGGCAGCUUGCCUUAUUGCUUUUCAGAACCGACGAGAGAGAGAAGAAUUACCCUCAGUGUGCUAAACCCAUCACCUUUGUAGGCAGUGCCUAGCUGCUUAGUAGAGAGAGACAUUCGCAUGCAUGCACUCCACCUUGGAGAACUACCGAAAUAGAACAAAAUAGUCUUGGACUGCAGAGGAGAGCAGAACUGUUUGUGCACCACCUUGAUAAUCAGAAGCACCACAGAGAAUUAUAUUCAGCUGUUAGUAAUGGGAGCAUGUGCAGAAGUAACAGAUAAGGAAAAAUGAGGUGGAAGAAAGAGGUGCCCUUGUAUGUGAGGGUGAGGACCUGCUGGGGAAAGGUGGGGUAACGUGGAACACAUUAAGAGACCCAAGGGCAUGUGCAGGUGGUCACUAGCUGCCAAGAAAAAAUCCAGCACUGCUCAUUACUCAUUUUUCCUCAAGUAACCUUGUGGCAUGAAUGCUGAGUUUGCCUGAUUGGUGAAACGGAAGAAGGUGGAGAGUGAUUAUGAGGCUCUUCAGGAACGACUCUGUACAUUGCCCGAUAAACUGUCCUACGAUAUCAUGGUACUCCUGUCUGAAGUAUUCUGGUUUUCUGUAUUGUUCCUGUGCCUGGACAGUCAUUAGAGGAUGGGUGUUGCUUGGUGCAGCAUUGCUUGAAGGUUGACGUCUGCAUACUGGUGAAUGAUAAAGUACCUUUUGGUCCUCUUGCCUUCAUGCCAGGAAAACUUGUCCACACCAAUGAGGUUACUGUUCUGCUUGGGGACAACUGGUUUUCAAAAUGCUCAGCAAAGCAGGCUGUUGCGCUGGUUGAGCACAGAAAAAAACAUGUAAGGAAAGCACUGGAUGAUUUGCAAAAAGUCAUGAAGAAUUUUGAAUCACGAGUUGAAUUCACAGAAGAUUUGCAGAAAAUGAGUGAUGCUGCGGGUGAUUUUGUUGACAUAAGAGAAGAAAUUGAAGAUGAUAGCAUUGAAACAAAAGGAAAAUACCGAACUGCUCACAAACCUCAUUCAAAGCCAAAAGUAUCAAACGCUUUUGAGGUAGAUUUUCCAGCAAAUGGAAGUGAUACAAAAUCAAUGGGCCGUUUUCAGUCAGAGGAGGAACUGUGGGCCCGCUUAGAAGAACUUGAGAGGCAAGAAGAGAUACAUGGUGAACUUGACAGGAUGCCUGAUACAGUUGAGACAAAUGGAGAAGAUACAACCUCUUCCGAAGAGGAGAAGGACGAUAAGAGGACAGAUCUGAACGGGACAUAUAGAGCAGAAGACUGUAUUACUCAGGGCAACUUCCAUAAAGAAGUAACAAAUUCAGACUUGUUUCGUGUCCAAGUUAAUGGCUCUACUUAUUAUCACAGUGAUGAUGAAGAUGACAUAGAUGUUGGAGAUAACUCUGUUCCAACUAUUUUUUUCUCUCACACUGUUGAACCUAAAAGGGUAAGAAUAAACACAGGAAAAAAUACUACUUUGAAAUUCAGUGAAAAGAAAGAAGAGGCCAAGCGUAAAAGGAAGAACAGCAAUGGCAAUGGCCAUGCAACUCCAGAACUGCCUAACAUCAAAACCCCAGCAGACAUUUACCGAGUCUUUGUUGAUGUUGUGAAUGGAGAAUAUGUCCCUCGUAAAUCAAUUUUGAAGUCUCGAAGCAGAGAGAACAGUGUUUGUAGCGAUACCAGUGAGAACAGUGCUGCUGAGUUUGAUGACAGACGAGGAGUUCAGAGGAGUAUUAGCUGUGAUGAAGCUACUCAGAGCGACAACAGCGAAGGCAUACUGGAGGAAGAGGAGGAGGAGGGGCAGCAGGAGCUACCAAAAAAGCUUCCUCCCUCUUCAGGGACAACUGAGGCAUUUUCCGGAACUGUUAUAGAAAAGGAGCCUUUGUCUCCCUCCUUAAUACCACACCCAGUCAUUGCUCACCCAGUCCUGCCUACCAUUCUGGAGCGAAAAUCAGAGGAAGUUUUGUCCGAAGCAUCAGAAGAAACUACAAAGAGGAUUUCAAAAUUCAAAGCUGCCAGAAUGCAACAGACUAACUAGGUCCUGCCUAGCCAGCUGAAGUUGGAGUACUCAUGCCUAGUUUCACAUUUGUUGAGAUUAUGUAAAACUAUACGCGUUACACCUAGUUAGUUAAAAGGGUGUCCUAUGUUAAUUUGGCAUUGGUUAUCUUUUGAACGUUUAUUGGCGACAUUAAAAAAAAAGAAGUUCAGUGUUUGAACACUUGAGUAUUCAUCUUUGUCGAUUUCCCUGUGUGCUGUCAGCACCUUUGUAUAUGUUUGCCUUAUGAUAGCAGCACUUGGGUUCUUUUUCAAAAACUGUUCCUUACAUACAUUGUUUUUUGUGUUUAAACCUAAAUACAGGCAGUUUUGUGCCAGCUGUGAUGUUCUACAUACAAUAUGGGGUAUUUUAAGGAAACUUUUCACAUUUCAAAUAGAUUCACCAAUUAUAUUGCAUUACUUGCUUUAGCAUUUUAAGACACACUUGUAUUCACAUUGCUGUAGGUUUUGCAGCUAGGUGUCUGCUGAAAGUUUUUUCCUUCUUUCAAACCUCUCUGAUAUCUCACUGUACAGAUCUAUAAAACACUGAGUUCAUGUACAUUGCAGGGAAGUUUCUUUGAUGGAAAAGGGUAUUUUGUAAAAUUAAAUUUUCAGUAAAAAAGCUGUGAAA